AUGAUCCAUUUCCUGGCAAACAUUCUUCUCAUCCUAGUAAUAACAGAGUUUGUUGUAGGAACUGUUGUCAAUAGCUUCACAGUGUUGGUAUAUUGCGUUGAUUGGGUCAAGAGCCAGGAGAUCUACCAAGUGGAUGAAAUUCUCACAACUCUGGCACUCUUCAGAAUUAGAAGAGUUAAAGGUGUGAUUGCCAUAAUGCUCUUGGGGAGUUUGACUUUGUUACUCAGCUUGCAAUGUCCAGCACCAGAUGACAAUAUCUCUGAAAUUCCACCAGCCUCCUACAGUCUCCUAGAUGAAAAGUCAACACAGAAAAGUGCCUUGUCGCCUAUUCCUCAUGGCCAUUACAUAUCUCUCAUUCUUAACCCUAGGAAUUAUCUCAUCUGGUUUGCUGUGAGCCUCAGUAUAUUUUACUUGCUGAAGAUAGCCAAUUUCUCUAACCUUGUCUUUCUUUACCUAAAGUGGAGAGUUAUUAAGGUACUUCUCAUAUUAAUACUAGGAAGUCUGCCCUUUUUGAUCUCUCAGUUUACAGUGAUAAGCAUGCAUGACAAUAUGAGACAUCUCAAGAAGAUGCAACUCAGUGGCAAAAGAGCCCGGGACCCCAGCUCCCAGGUCCACAGAAGAACCCUGCAGCAAACAGUCAUCUCCUUUCUCCUGCUGUUUGCCUGUUACUUUCUGGUGCUGAUGAUCUCAGUUUGGAGUUCAAAAAGGGAACCAAAGAAACUGAUCUUCAUUUUCUGCUUGGCUGUAGGGAUUCUGUAUCCUUCAGGUCACACAUUUGUGCUGAUUUGGGAGAACAAAAAGCUGAAAGAGUCCUUUUUGACAUUUCUGUGGCAGUUGAGAAUUAAGCAAGAUGAACAAAUAAAUUGUGACAAGUAUACCAGUUCUAAGACACUCUUGAUGAAGUAG